UCUGCCCCGACCCCCUUCUGCCAUCUGCCCUACCUCUACUCCUCCUCCUCCUCUCCCGCCGCCGCCCGCUGCCACCUCCGGCCCUGCUCCUCCCCAUGGCCCGGGUCCCGCACGUGGUGAUCCGCCCCGUGCCCGGCCCCGGGCCGCCGGUGGUCGACCUGCCGCUGGGGAUCCCCCCGCCGGGGAUGCUCCUGGCGGCCGGGGAGCUGGCCUGCCCGGCUGCCCUGCUCCGGCAAGCCCUCGACGGCCGCUCGCUCGCCCGGUGCUACGUUCGCGCCGGCCAGGCCCAGCUUCUAUGCCUCAUUGCCCUGGACACCCUCCCACAGGACGAUGCCCCCUCGGUGUAUCUCAGUCCGGCGGAUCGCGAUCGGCUCUGCCCCCCGGGGACCGAUCGCUUGGAGCUGGAAAUGGUGUCCGACCCGCCGGUCGUCGAGUACCUGCGUGUCACCGUGGAUCUUCCGGGCCCGUUGGGGGAUCCCGCCGCCGCCGGGCCGGCCCCCCGGCCCGCGGCGGUGCUCUCGGCCGGCGACCUCUCCCCAUGGCCUCCGGGCAUGCCCGUCCCGACCGGCAGGGUCCUGCCGGCCCAUGUGCUCGGGCACCAGCUCGGCCUUUCGUUUGACGCCUUGCGCGAGCAGGGCUCCCACCGGCCCCUGUCCGUCGGGGUCUUUGGCCCGGGGACGCGGCUUUUUUUCGCCCUCCCCCCGUGGCUGCGAGUCCGCGGCACCCAGCGCAUGGCCCUGCUGGACACGCCCUCCGGCCCGCUCUUCUACAUGGCCGAGCCCCUCCGGUCGCGCCUCUACCCGGGCGUCCUCUUUGUCGCGGACACCACGCCAUUGCAGCAUGCCGAGCAUGAGCCCUACUUCGUCCACGCAGGCCGGGCCUUUGUCGUGCGGACCGUGGCCCUGGCCGAGCCCCCGGCCCAGCGGACCCUCUUCGCCCACCCCGACGACCUGGACUCCCUCUUCCCGCCCUCUCGCCAUCCGCAGCUCACCUUCAUGCCAGCUCCCCGGCCCCCGGCUCUGCGCAUGGCCCUCCUCCGCCUGCAUGCGUCCUCCGGGGCCACCCUCCGGCCGGACAUCGAGGCCACCUUCCUCCAGCACUUCACCGGCGUCCCGCUGUCCCUCGGCCAGGCCAUCAGCCUGCCGGGCCUGUGCGGCGAGGUUGCCCUCCUUCAAGACCACGAGGGGAAUCCGCUGCCCGCCGGAGCAUUCACCCCGGAGGAUGUGGCCACCGGCCGGGCGGCCCUCCUCCUCCAGGCGCUUGUCCCCCGUCUGCCCGCGGUCCCGGCCGCCGUGUCGCUCAUCGACGCGGGAGCCCUGCUGCUCCUGGCACGCGUGGUCAUUUCCGAUCGCCCCCGCCGCGGGGAGGCUCUCCUUUCGCCCGGGGCCAUGGGCCUCCUGCGCCGGAAGCUGGCACCGCCGGCCUCCUCCCGGCUCUACUUCUCCCGGCAUCGGGAGUUCUUCCUCCUGAACUCCGACGAUCAGGCAGCCGAGCAUGAGAUCCUCCUCCACUCGGACAGUGCGGCGGCCAUCCGCUGGGACGAUGGCGAGCCGCUGCUCUUCGAGCGGACCACCCGGCCGCGCACGCUGGCCGAGCUCACCCUGCGCAUGCUCGGCCCCGAGAGCCUGGGCCCCGUCGAUGUGCAGGCGGCCUUGGCCGCUUUGUCGGACCUCCCCUUGAUGCUCGGCGAGACAUAUGCCAUCCCCGGCCCGGAGGGCGCCUCGCUCCCGGCCCGGGUCGAGCGCAUGCGCUGGCCGGAGGACGCCCAGCCGGCUCCCCUUGGCCGGGUGGCCGGCGCCCCGGCCACCCGCGUCGCCCUCCUGCCUUCCCAUGCCCCCGGCCCGCCGGCGGACGUGCCGCUCUUCUACCUGCACUUCGAUGAGCCGGACGUGCCCCUGGCCCUGGCGGUCGACAUUCAGCCCAUGCCCUCCGGUGCAUCCUUCCCGGCCCGAGCUCAGCACCAGCGCCUCGCCGGCCGGACAUUCGUCCACCCGAACACCUACCGGUACAUUCGCAUGAUGGCUCCCCAUGUGACGGGAGUGGAUAUUUUUCUCCAAGUCGGCCAGUGGUUCUCGAUUUUGUCCCCCGAUGAGAAUCCCCGGUCCACCUUGGCCGAGGGCCGCGUUCGGCUGCUUGACGGCGGCUUCCCCGGGCUCCCCUCCGGGCGCCCCUGGGCGCGUGCCCACAUCGCCGCCCACGCGCCGGCCGCCACGACCAUCGAGUGCUCCAUCGCCCUGGCGGACCCCCAGGACCAGCUGCUCGGUCGGCUGAAUCACGAAGUGAUCGAGAGAGACUGCUUCUGGUCGCCGCACUGCUCGGUUCUGAAUGUCGGCCAGGUAUGUCGGCGCAGAUGCCCCUCGGGGGUCUGAGUGGCGGGGCCGGCCGCGAAAAGAGCCGCCUGCCUGGUGGUCGCCCACCUUGCCGUUCCAUUGCCGGGGAUUGAGCUCGGCAGGGUGAUGGCAUGAUGCCCUUUGUCCCCUCUCCCCCGUCGGAUGGUUCCCCUCCCCCUCCUGCCCCCCUCCC